AUGCAUAAUUACAACGUCGAUCAUAAAUACAAGUUCUAGACGCGCAUCGGUAAUUGGUUUGAAGAAUGGGAGUUAGAUGAAACCAAGUGAGAAUUUGUUCAUGAAUUUAUUAGGAAAAAAGAUUAUUUGAAAAAUAGAUAAAAUGGGUAACUGGCAAGCAUUGUUAAGGAUUAAAAAACUCAUUUUAGUCUUAGAUUGGCUUCACUUACUUUUCCUAAAGACCAAUAUAUUCAUUUUGGAUUCCAUAUCAUGCUUUAAAAUCUCAAAACAUAAGGCUUUUUAUCUAUUGACAUUUAAGAGAAAUUAAAAAUAAAUGAGGAAGCAUAUAAUGUUACAACAGCUCAAACUACUUAACCUACUGUAAGAUCUGUAUUUGUAGUUGUACCAUAUACUAAAGAACCUAAUUUCUUUGGUGAUGAUGUUUUACAUUAUGGUCAACAUUUCAGAAUUCUUGCAAACCCAAGAAUCUCAAAUAAUAAAAGUUUCUAUCUCCAUUCACUUCCAUAAACACCUACUAGAUGUGCUAAAAUAUCUAGGAAAUAAGAAGUUUGUGCUAUAGAAAGUGAUGUUUUUAAUACAGUUUGGAAAUUAGAACAUUCAGAUCCUAAAAUAAGAUUUGAAAUGGAAGGAUAACCAAUUAGAAUAGAUGAUGUUGUAUUAGUUAAACAUUCAUUUACAUAACAUUGGUUAGCAAGUGAUGAUAUAAUCUAUUAAAAUGAUUUUGGUAGAGAAAGAGAGGUCUUUGUUCAUUCUUAUUAAUGUUUAAAUAAAACAUAAAAUUUAAUUGCAGAAAAAGAAGGUCGUACUACUAUAGACAUUCCAUUAAGAAAUCAAGAGUAUCAAAUAAUCACUAUUUCUCAAGACCUUAAAAUUUAUGGAAAUUUGUAGUGGCAUCUAAAUAAAAUGAAUAAUUUGAUGAAUCUGUUAUGGAUGAUAAUAGAAAUGUUAAAAAUUUAAUGAUAAGAGUUAAAUAAUAAAUUAAUGGUAAAGGAGCUUAUGGAUUAAGAGGAUUAGCUAAAAUCUUUUAUGAAAUGGAUAUUAAUAAAAGUAUGCAAUUUAUUAUAUAAAUCUAAGAUGGGACAGUAGAAUAUGAAGAUUUUAAAUGGGGAUUAAGAAAUUUUGGACUCACUUUAUCUGAAGAUGAAACUAAAAUGAUAUUCUCUACAUUUGAUAAAAAUAAUAAUUCAAAAAUUGAAUUCAAUGAAUUUCUUGAUGCUUUUAGAGUAAAUAAUUAAUAUACUUAUUUUUAGUUAAAAAUGAGUGAUAAAAGACUUUAUUUUGUUUAAAGAGCAUAUGCAUCAAUUGAAUCAAGAGCUACCAAAGUUACUUUAGAGACUAUGGGUAGAACUAUUAAUGUUAAAGAACAUCCUGAUGUACUUAAGGGAUAUAAAACAGAAAGAUAAGUAUUUCAAGAAUUUGUAUCUAAUUGGAAUAAAUCAUAACCAGAUUAACUUAUUUCAUUCUAAGAAUUUGGUGAAUUUUAUUAAGUAAAUAUUCAUUAUUAUCUUAUUUUAGGAUGUAUCAUCAUCAAUAUAAUAAGAUGAAACAUUUGAAGCAAUUUUAAAGAAAUCAUGGAAUUUAUGA